AUGGCGUCGUGGCUGCCGGAGACUCUGUUCGAAAUUGUAGGACAAGGCCCAGCGCCGAGCAAAGACUAUUACCAGUUACUGGUCACCCGGUUCCAGGUAAUUUUUAGAUGGUGGAAGAUCUCUCUGAGGAGUGAGUAUCGAUCAGCAAAACCUGGAGAAACAAAAGAAACUCAUGAAGACUUUCUAGAGAAGUCACAUCUUCAGGUUCAAAUUGCCUUAGUAUUUGGUUCAAAAAUAUUAGACUAUGUCUUCAAUUUAUGUGAAGGUAAAUUUGACUUCCUUGAACGCCUCUCAGACAGUUUGCUGCUGAAUAUCAUUUCUUAUCUGGAUCUUGAAGACAUUGCCAGGCUUUCUCAAACAUCACGCAGAUUUGCAAAGUUGUGCAUGUCCGAGGAACUGUGGGAGCAGAUCGUCCGGAGCUCCUGUGACCACAUCACUCCCGACAUGCGAGCCCUGGCCCAGGACAUGGGCUGGAGACGGAUGUACUUCACCAACAAGCUGCAGCUCCAGCGGCACCUCCGCAAGAGGAAGCAGCGGCAGGGAAGCCAGCGAAGCAGUCAGCUCUAGACGCACACGUUCCCGCUGCUGGGGAGUAAGAGGCACGGGACCGUAUCAUCAACCUAAAAUCCUGUAAGACACCAGCAACCUCAGUGGUCAAUCAUUCUGCCCCUCUCUUCCGCCUCCAUGGGGAGGCAAUGGUGAUUUUGCCUCUCCGCCUCUGCUGACAGUUUUAAUGUGGACGGAUAAAUCUGCUUC